AUGAGAUUUCUAUAUAGAAAGGGGGGCUUUUCUUGGAAACAUUUUCUAAAAUCAUACAAUGCGGAAAAUUCAAAGAUUCUUAAGCAAAAGGGAUUUUGUUCUCUUAUUCUGCACCUAAGGGGGAUCAGGCCUGUAAACAAACAAUGGAUAAUGAAGACUUAUAUGAACAAUUUUAUCACACAACAGAAUACCUUUUCCACUUAUGUAAGCUUAAAAGAGGAAGAAAACGAUGAGAAUGGUUGUCAAAGUGAUGGAGACAAUGACAUGUUAGUUUUAAAUGAUAAUGAUGAUGAUGAAUCUGAUGAAAUGGAGAUAUCAGAAGUGAAGACCAGCACUAACAAUUGCUUAAUCGAUAAAAGUAAAAUGGAUGAAUGCAAAAAUGGUGAAAACAUUUACGACACCAAUUUAGUUAAUAAAUUGAAGAUCCAUUCACAAAGCUGUAGUAAAGGAUCGAAUAUUUCCAACACACAUUUAAGGAAAAAAAACAAAUAUUAUUCCGAUAACAUAGUAAUAUAUGAUAACAUAAUUGAUUUACCAUCAGACCUAUGCACUUGCCACAUAAGCGAAGAGGAAAUAGAACAAAUCAAUUUGGGUGGAUAUGAUUUAUCUCUAGGUGAAUAUGCCACUACCAUUGUUUACAGUAAGAGAGUGAACAAAUAG